AAUUGUGAUUACCAGAUUGAAAUCCAAUCCAAUACGUGAACCAAUUGAAUACUGAAGAACAGUGAAGACGUUCCUCUUGCGUAUUUAUUGAAUAAAUUUUUGUUGAAUUAACGUGAAUACGGAGUAUAUUGCCCGAGAACACAAGUGGUGAAAUACAAUUGAAUUAACAUCAAGAAAUGGCUGAAGAAACUGCAACUACUCAAACCAAGCCAGUUAUCGAAGAUAGAAUCUACAUCGGUAACGUCGACUUUAAGGCUACUGAGGAAGAAGUCAAAGAAUUGUUUAAGGAUUUGAGCGUAACUGAUGUUGAAAUUCCAUUCAAGGAAACUACCCGUGGCGACUCCACUUUUAAGAGACAUUUAGGAUUUGCCUUUGUCCAAUUCGAAACCAAGGAAGAUGCAGACAAGGCAAUUGCUGAAUUCAAUGGAAAGAAGCUUCAAAGACGUAACAUUUUCAUCAAGAAGGCCGUCCCUCCUCCAACGGAAGAAGAAAAGAAGGAACGUGCGGAAAUCUACAAGGCCAAGAGAGAAGAAUACUUGAAAGAAAAGGCCGAAAGAAGAGCCGAAGCACAGAAGAAGAGAGAGGAAAGAGCUGCUGCUGGUGAAGAUGGUGAAAAGGCUCCUGAUGGUAAACCUUCUACUGAUACUAUUUUCAUCACCAACUUGGAUUACAAAGUCACCCAUAAGGUGUUGACAUCCUAUUUCAAGGACUUGAAGCCAAAAUGGGUUCAUGUUCCACUUAGAAAAACCCACAACCGUAUCGCCCACAGAAGACCAUUCAACCGAGGAAUUGCUUUUGUUAAGUUCCUUGAUGAAGAAACGCAAAAGAAGGCCGUGGAAGAAUUCAAUGGCAAGGAAAUCAAUGGCAGAAAUAUCAUUGUUGACAUUGCUGUUGAUGCUAGAGUUCCAAAAGAAGGUGAACUUGAUGAACACCAAAACGGGGAAGAAGAGGAACACAACGAUGAAAAGGAUUCUGGUGAAGGCGAGAAGGAGGAAGAAAACGGAAACUAGAUGAAUUGACUUUAUCAUUCCCAAGUCAAUGCUUAGCAUUGAUUGACAUUUUUAUUACAUUUUCCAUUCUUCAAUUUGUCUAGUUUAUCCGUACUUCUUAAUGUGUCAACUUUUAUUUCUCUCUAUUUCUCCUCUUUGUUGGGUUGGGCUUAUUUGAAGUUCAGCCUGAAUAAUACUACAAUCAUCUAUGAAUCCCACAAAAUUGAAUCUCUUUAUAUAAAUAUAUAUUUAUAUGCUGGUGAUAACCAUUUGAGUUCUUGAUUGAAUGAUCUUAUGGUUAUCUACAAAUGACAUAGUAAUUUGUUU